AUGCACAAUGGUUACAUGUAUGCUACAAUAAGGUUUCAUCUUUUUUGUGUAAAUCAAGGGUAAUUUUUUUUAUACAUGUUACGGAUGAUGUAUGCCUGCAUAAAUGUUGAAUAAUUUGUACAAAGAAUGGUUGUUGUAGGUUAAAGAUCUAUUGUUAGUUUAACCAGUACUUAACCUAUUCCACUGUCUGCUCUGGGUUCGGAAAACAGAUUUUACCAACAAUAAUUUUAUACCUGCCUUACUGGUGCCACAUAACCAGAGACAGGGGUGGAUCUAGGAGGAGGGUGCAGGGGGGUGCACCCCCCCCCUGAGAUGACCUGCGGUUUUCUAAGAAAACUGGUAUUCUGUUUAUUGGUGUUGAAGUAGAGCAAGAGACGAGUGCACCCCCUCCUACAAAAAAUCCUGGAUCCGCCCCUGAGAGAUGAGGCUAUGCAAUUUUACACUAUAAUAGUGAAACCUUUAAAGUGGACCCAAUAAUUUGAUUGAUCAGGCCCCAGUUAUUUAAAUGCUAAGUAGUGCUAUCCAGUGGAUAAAUCACUAUCCAGUGGAUAAGUAUUAGCGGAAACCAAUGGAAAGAGAUUAUUUCACGUGUACGCACCGGAUAGUGUUGUCCACCUUUUGAAACCAGGGCUGCAGGUGUUGACCAACUACCAAGUGUCAGUACAGUGACGAGUCCUAAAAUUAUUUCUGCAAAACAAACCUGCCUUCAGUGGACAUGUACCUCUUUCUCACCACCAAAGCCCCUCCCUCUCCUCCCUUCCCCUCCCCUGAGUGCUUGCCUGCACAUUAAUUAUUGUGAUAUGCAAGUGGCAAAGGGUCAUGCAUGAGCCAGAAACAUGCGUGACCUUGGACUCUCAGAGUUUCUUCAGGUUAUACUGGUGGGCUAAUUGAAGAGCAAACGGUGUAGUACUCAUCAUUACCUUCUUUUGUAUGAUUUAUAGGUAUUUUGGCUGAGUAUGCUGGUCCCCUCAUCUUUUACAUGCUCCUGUACCCCCGUCCUUCUAUUGUCUACGGUGCAGCAGCAGCAAGCAAACCUUAUGAUCCUGUUGCAGCGCGCAAAGAAAGUAGUGUCCGAUAGCCUUAGGCUAGUGGAUUUUGCUAUUGGGCCAGUGAAUUCUGUUUUUAACUUGCUCGACGGGCAAGUGAUGUUUUAUAAGGAAUUCAAAUAACAGAAGAACUAUGAAGUCAAUUCUGCUGGUCAAAAAGUUUUUGGGGCUAGUUGAAAUGACAUGUGGGCUAGUAAAUGCUAGCUUCAGCUUGCCCAAAUGACAAGCUGUAAAAACGAUUCUCUUUGCACCCUGUGUUGUGCAGUAAGUUUAUGGCUGGUUUUAUAAACUCCAUUGGAUAUUGUGGGAUCUUACGCUGCUGCCUGGUUGGCUCAGUUGAAUGUAUGAGUACCAGUCUGCCAAGUGGGAAAUGGCAGGUUAAACCCCCGACCAAACUACCAAUCAGGAUAUUAAAAAAAAAAAAACUGGCAAGAUUAAUAUAUAGAUUUAGCCAGGGCUAAAAGCGAAGCUCUGGUUAAUAAUACUUGUAAACAAAAAAAAUUAAAUCGUGAAUUGUGUAAUGCUAAACGGGGAGGGCAAUGAAAAUGGCAUCAAGAUCAAUAGAUCUAAUUAGCAAAAAAACAAAUUGCAUGUGCAGCACACUCUUUUUUGUAAUUAGCCAAAAAAAAAAUGCCUUUUUUUUGUCUUUCUUUGCCGUUGUUUUGCACAACUAUAGCGCUGUUUUGUGGGACUAAUCCGUCAAACUUCCUAGUUACACAUUAUUUUUAUAGAGGAAUUGUCGUAUGUGCUUACCCAAUGUUUUGUCUCCUGUGUUCAUGUUCGCUUUUAUUUUUCACUGCCGCUCAUUUUUUCCUUGCUGGCCGCUAUGAUUUUUCAUUGUCUCACAGCCGCUUUGAAUUUUCAUGUUUUUCUUCCUACAAAAUUCAUCUCUUUUGUUUUCAAUCACUCAUUCUAGCUCUUUCUCUGUUAUCCACGUGAGUGUAAACAUCAAAAAUAACAUCGAAAAAGACACGACUUUGUUGUUGUUUUUUCUUUCUAAAAGUCUGGGCGGCCAUGCGAUUUCUUUCCAAAUAAAACCUUGAGUUGCAUUUGGGUUGCCAUACCUGUUGAUUAAAUUAUUUUACAUUGGUAUGCCUGUGGUGUGGACGGACGGUCGGGCGGGUGGGCAGUUGGUGUACGGUCACAUGAUUACCAAAUUUUCUUGGGUGGGUAGUUUACCACAUUUUUUUACCCAUGGUGCUCUGCUGCGCGCACAUCGCGUGCAAGAGCUCCGCUAUGAUGACUGUGAUCUAUAAAAUUUCUUAUUAUUGUAAGAUCUUGCCUUAGUCCAGAUGAUUGCACCAUUAUGCAGCUUGAUGUUUAAAGCCAUUGGCCAUGUCUCCUUCAUGCUUCCUUAGUUAUAAAAAUGCAAAAAAAAGCUCUACACUGCUGUUUGGAAAGAGUAGGGGACAUAGACCCCAUUGGUGAGGUCUAUCUUUCAUUUGGGGGAGGAGAACUGUGACAGGACCGCAGUACCUGGCUUUUCGCUGUUAGAGCAGCCCUUUCAAGUACUGGAAUUAAUAAUCUACUAAAUUCCUGAAAUUACUUGAUACAUACUGCGCUAUGCAUUCGUUAUGAAUUAUUUCAUGCUGUACAGCUCCUGGCAUGUACAAAAGUCAUCAUUUCCAGUACUAUGUGUAUGUUACAGGUUAAAAUUAAAUUUAGAUUAAAUUUUUUUAACCAAGGUUGAUUCUCAAUUUUUUUUGUCUCCUUACCCUAAUUAUUCAUUAGUUAGAGGUAGAAAACAAAGGAAAUUGAGAAGGAACCUAGGUUAAAAAAUCUAUUCCAUUCAUGAACUUGUUGUGUGCAGUGUGUAUUUGACGCAAUUUUCUCUUUUCUUUUCAUUCUCUGCUUGGAUUCUAAAGAACUGUACUUAUUAAAGGUAAGAUAAUUAUUUUAUAAUUAUUUUUUGCCUACUUGCUAAAAAGCUUUGAAAGUCAAAAUUGUUGUCCCAUUAAAUCAAUAGGGAAAACAAUAAUGUUCACGUUGAUAGUGCUGACAGUUUCUUGCUAUCAGUUUUUUAAUGUAAUAGUUUGAGCUGUACAUGGUUUUUCCUUCCUCUUUGAUUUUCAAUUUUAUUAUUGGUUAAAACAUCCAAGACUAUUAGAACUCCGUAAAAGUGGUGAUCAAGAUUUCAUGUUUGUCCCAAUAAAAGCAAACUCCAAUAAGUAACAACUAUCCAAUAAAAUUAAAGGCAGCCCUAUUAUCAACCCAUAAAGACAAAUACAAUGUCUGUUGUACCUAACAGGCUUUUAUCUUUGUCCAUAUGUCUUUUUUUACAGAGGUUAUGGUCUCCUUGUUGGUUAUUUUGUUAAUCAUCCAUUGUAUACUCCACCAAGUAUGUAGGUUGACAUUUAAAUUAAGUGAUUUGGGCAUGGUUGAAAUGUCGCAUCCCAUUUGUUGCCAAUUUUAUGCUCGUGAGAAAAAACCUAAUUUUCUCACUCAUUUUUGACAUGCAAUUUUAUUAUGCGCUGUAGAUUUGCAAUUACUGAUAACAAAGGAAGCAUGACCCCAUACUUGUUACUUGAAUGCAUGUCAAAACCAGAGCUGUCAACCCCCCACAUCUUCAAAUAUUGAGAAUUGAUGGGGGAGGGAUGAUAGUCAUAAUGCACACGUCACAUGAUGUCAUUUGAGAAAAAAAACAAGCGAAAAAGAUGUUGUUGGAAUUGUAACAUUUGACCUAAUUGGCUUACUUCGCACCAAUAACAUUAUUGCUUAUAUUACAAUGGCAUACCAGAGUUUGUGAGGAAAUGUUCGAUGUUAACAGUAAAAUAGCCCAAACAAUCCAAUGUAUUUGAAGUUAUAUUUUUUUUGUCACAAAGUCAAUUCUACAAGAAAUGGAAAACUUUGGCGAUUAUCCGGGAGAUUUCAGACUCUAAUCUGGAGACCGGGAAAAACGGUUCAAAAUCUGGAGUCUCCCAGAUUAUCUGGGAGAGUUGACAGCCCUGCAAAACUGUCUUUUUUGUAUAAUUAUGCCCUAUUUUUUUGUCAUGUUCUGCUUUUACAUAAAUAUUUAGGCAAGAAUAAGAUUGAAAAACUGGAUUUGCAUUUAUGUGACCUGGUCAUUACAUUGAUUGUUAUUGGAAUAAUAGCGGAGCUCGAUCCAAGCGUGCGAAGCACGCACAAGGUCGGAGCCCCAUAGCUUAGUAAAUAUACACCGACCGACCACCCGCCCAACUGGCCGUCCACACCACAGGAACACCAAUGUUUACUUUCACACUUUCUAACUACUUUGAUUGUUAUUGGAAUAAUAUUAUUGUUUUGACUCUUUUUAAAGCUACAAACCAUGAAUUUUGAUUAUUAAUAAGUCUUUUUGUGAUGGAGGCACCGUCAAACUGCAUUUGCAAUUAUUUGAACAUUUUUUUUUACUUUUAACUCAAACAUUUUUCUUGUAAUUUAUUUACUGUUUGGUGAUGCCCAGGUGUAUACAGGCUUAGCUCUGUUCUUGGUAAGUUAAUAAUAAUAGUUUGAAUGAAUUUUCAAAAAUUAUGUGGAUAGUAACUCCUUUAAAACCAUUAGAAAUUAACCUGUGUCUGAAAAUAAUCUGAAUUGGAUAUUACUGGGUAAGAUUAUCAUGGUAAAUGAUUUAUAAUCACUUUGUUUGACUGUUUUUUUUUUUUCAGUUUAACGAGUAUGGCAACUUUGUCAUCCACUGUGCUUUGCGGGAUUUGAGGCCUCCAGGUAAGCCACACUUGCUCUGUUGUUAUGGUAACCAGUUUUUGACAUAGAGACAAGUAAAAUGAUGCAAAUUAUCCACACGAGUUCACAUUUUAAGCUUUUUAUUGAUUUAUUGAUUAGUUAUUAAUUUUAUAAGGGACUUGCGUUAAGCGUGCAAAAAAUAACAAAAAAAUGGUUAAUAAGACUAACAGAUGCAAGGUCUGGACAAGGUGGACCCUAAUGAAGGAAAAAAGCAAUGCUGAAAUCAUAAUAAUAUGUUAAAGCAUUUUUACAAAAUAAUGUGGAUGAAACAAUUUACAGAUCUCUAAUGGGGGCAUACCAUUAUUAUUUCCCUGGUUUGAAUUCAUUCUAGUGUAUCUCAAAAGACUACACUACACUAGGGGUAAAAAGGUUAAGGUGCACAUGAGUUAAAGGCUCCAAUGGCUGGAGCUUAUCCUGGUUUCCAUAGCAUCAAGCAUGCCUAGGAGUAUUUGUAUUGCUACUCCUCUCUGGACAAGAUGCUAGUUUAUCGCAGGGUUACCCCCCUCUCCCACCCCCCCAAACAGAAUGCCGGCAGUACCCUUUUAUACACCUGGGUGAAGAGAGACACAGUGGAGUAAAGUUCCUUGUCUAUUAAAGAAAGCAACGCGACGAGCGAGGCUUGAACCCAAGACCUCCAUAUCCGUUGUUUGAGGUGUUAACCGCUCGGCCACACACCGUGCUAGUUGUUUAUCAAUUCCAUCUGCAGGUACAAAAGAAAGGAAGAUAUCCUACAUCCAAUCCCCUGACACAGUUGUUUAGAUUUGUAUCCUGCCCUAACUACACCUAUGAGGUAAGUUUGACUGAAAACAUUUUUCUCCCUGAUUGGUUUUACUUGAAGACUCAGUGGCGGAUCCAUACGAAGGGCCCGGGGGGGCCGGCCCCCCCUUAUUUUUAGACCAAACUGAAGACCAAAGGGUUGAAAAAUACUUUUUUGAGACCGCCUCCCCCCUGGAUGACCGCCCCCUCCCCCUCUUAUCUGAAGGUCAGGGCCCCAGGUGUUCAAAAGGUGGAUAGCACUAUCCACCGUAUAAAUCUCUAUCCAGUGGAUAGUGCAAUUGGUUUCCCUAAUACUUAUCCACUGGAUAGAGAUUUAUCUGGCCCCGGUUGUUCAAACGUUGGAUAGUGCUAUCCACCGGAUAAAUCACUAUCCAGCGGAUAAGUAUUAGGGAAACUAAUUGCACUAUCCACUGGAUAGAGAUUUAUACUGUGGAUAGUGCUAUCCAGCCUUUGAACAACCAAGGCCUGGUGGAUAACGCUAUCCAACGUUUGAACAACCAAGGCCUGGUGGAUAGCGCUAUCCAACGUUUGAACAACCAAGGCCUGGUGGAUAGCGCUAUCCAACGUUUGAACAACCAAGGCCUGGUGGAUAGCGCUAUACAACGUUUGAACAACCAAGGCCUGGUGGAUAGCGCUAUCCAACGUUUGAACAACCAAGGCCUGGUGGAUAGCGCUAUCCAACGUUUGAACAACCAAGGCCUGGUGGAUAGCGCUUUCCAACGUUUGAACAACCAAGGCCUGGUGGAUAGCGCUAUCCAACGUUUGAACAACCAAGGCCUGGUGGAUAGCGCUUUCCAACGUUUGAACAACCAAGGCCUGGUGGAUAGCGCUUUCCAACGUUUGAACAACCAAGGCCUGGUGGAUAGCGCUUUCCAACGUUUGAACAACCAAGGCCUGGUGGAUAGCGCUAUCCAACGUUUGAACAACCAAGGCCUGGUGGAUAGCGCUUUCCAACGUUUGAACAACCAAGGCCUGGUGGAUAGCGCUUUCCAACGUUUGAACAACCCGGGCGUGGAUCCGCCACUGCUGACUAUUGGCUACACGCGUGUAUAUGCGUGUUUCUGAGCAGAAAGUGGGGUCUUUCGGAAAAGAGAAAACAUCGAAGACUAGACUGGCUUGCUUUAUCCUUUAUUCUUCUCCUCCCCCCCCCCCUUCCCCACCCAUUUUCUGAGUCAAGUAAUUUUGUAUAACAGGUCCUUAGAAUGUGUAAGUAAACACAGAGUUUAACCGAAAACAAAACCCACCCGAUCCAUUCAUCUACUAGUCUGCUCCACAGCCAUUAUCUGGUUCUACCAAAACUGUCCAAUACACGCACAGAGUCAUUUUCCUUUUAGAAGAAGCUUGAAGGCUUAUUGCUAAACCAUAGUUGUUCUCCCUCUUUACUUCUGCUAGAUGAGAGAUGAAAGUAACGAUUUGAUUUUAUCUUUUUUUUUUCUUCAGGCCGGCUCUUGGAUAGCAUUUUCUGUGAUGACGCAGACAUUAACAGGUAUAACCUUAAGUAGGUUUCGUUCGAAUGGGCACACUUAAUAAUUUUAUCCACAGACUCAAAAGUUAGAAAGCACCUUGUACAGCAUGAUUAACAGUACCACAGGAAAGUACUGCUCAUUAACUUGCAACUGAAUGGUCAGGGACUUUAGGAUUUAAUCCACAGACUCAAAAGUUAGAACUACCUUGCACAACGUAAUCACAACCACAGGAAAGUACUGCUCAGUAGCUUUUAUUUGAAUGGUAACACUUAAGGAUUUGAUCCAGAGACUCAAAUGUUAGAACCACCUUGUACAGCAAGAAACAGUAAGCGAACGCUCGGCUGAAAAAACUUCGUGCGGGAGAAGUUUCUAGAAAUCAAUCGAUACUUCUCUUUGACGUCAUACUGCAACGCGAUUGGCCGAUCGAACCAUGCAUUCUCUAUAUAUAAGGGUUUUCUUUGACGGGAAAACGAAGAGUUCGUGUUUUGAUCUUUUCAUCCACUGGCUUAUGAAACAAAUAACGAACACUUACGGAAACCAUUAUUUCAAGGACCCCUCUUCAAGGUCAUACGAAAAUCGUCCUAAGCAUUAUCUGUUUAACAUGACGGUUUCUUUUUUUCUCUUUCAGCGGUUUUAUUCACCUUGUUUGGAUUCUACCAGAUGACAGUAUGGGCCAUAGGCAAACACCGAAACUAUCGCAAAGAAUUUAAAGAUUAUCCAAAAGGAAGGAAAGCCAUUGUCCCUUUUCUGUUGUAGAUGUAUUAAAUCAAACUCUGCAUUUUCGUUUGUGGGAAUGAUCAUCGUCAAUGAAGUGGACGAUUUUCAAGUCAAUGGGUUAAUUAUGUUCCAGCAAGAGCGCUAGCUCAUUGUGGAGCGUAAUUGGUGCAACAGCACGUGACACUUCUACAGUUUUAUUUUUAUUUUUAGAUCCCGCAAACGACCGCACAAUCUGGUACCCUGCUAGCAGGGUCGCUUCGAUCUUUCCUCUAGGAAGAUUGAAAGAGACUCUGUUUGCAGGGUAACAAUCUGGUUGAUCUUCAGAUAAAGUUCCUUUCUCCUUUCUUCUGAAUUUCUUCACAAUUCAGUUGGGUCAUCCUACCAGGCUGAUCUUAUCCGCCAUUGCGGGAAAUUUUGUUCUGCUUUUAAAUGUCCUACCGAUUUUUUGUGCCUGAAAGAUGAAUCUAUAAUUAACCUGAGAUCAGGAUCUAGCUGAUGUGCCUACUGUUUAUAUAAAAUGAUUGUGUGGUAGAAAAGUUUGUUUUACAAACCAAAAACGGCAGCUCCUUGUUACUUUAUUGACUGUUCUACGACUAUUGCGUGAUUUGGUAAAUAAUAG